CUAUAAUACUUAACAACAACACUAACAUCCUGACGAAGUGGAAGACAUCCUGAAGGAGAGGAAGACAUCCUGAAGGAGAGGAAGACAUCCUGAAGGAGAGGAAGACAUCCUGAAGGAGAGGAAGACAUCCUGAAGGAGAGGAAGACAUCCUGAAGGAGAGGAAGACAUCCUGAAGGAGAGGAAGACAUCCUGAAGGAGAGGAAGACAUCCUGAAGGAGAGGAAACAUCCUGAAGGAGAGGAAGACAUCCUGAAGGAGAGGGACAAACCCUAAAGGGAUGAACGCAGACGCAGAAGAGGCUGUGGGUGCCCACCGUGCUGGUGUGGGGGUCGAGUCACCUGCCACCUCACAACACCUGCAGGAGGAGAAAUGGGGUUACGACUUGUAUCCAGAGCGCCGUGGGGAGAAAUAUAAACCAUCGCUCGCCAAGAUCGCUCUUCUGGGUGAAGGACGGGAAAGUGCUGACAAAAUGAAGUGCGAAAAAAAUGUAUGGGGUUGUGUGCAGAGCAGUCCUCUGGUGAAGUUGAUGAUGGCAGCACUGAAGUCCUCUGGUUGCGAAGUCGAUCUCACACGACAUAUUUCAUGUGAGGUGUGCGACGUGACCGUCAACGGUGGCUACGAUUCGGAGUUAAACCAAGUUAUUGUGUGUCAGAAUGUGACCAGAACAGAAGGCAUGACCCAGGGAGUGCUGGCACACGAGUUGAUCCACAUGUUUGAUUACUGUCGCAACAAACUCGACUUCAAGAAUGUGGAGCACUUGGCCUGUACCGAAAUAAGAGCAGCCAAUCUCACGCACUGUUCCUUCCUCUCGGCCAUGUUCCAGGGCGAUGCUUCGCCUUUUAAAAUUGCUAAAGCACACCAGGAUUGCGUCAAGACGAAAGCCGCCUUUUCGGUGAUGGCCAUACGGCGGAUAGAUGAAGCAGAAGCGAGAGCGGUGGUUGACAGAGUCUUCGAUAAAUGCUACAACGACCUUGAGCCCAUUGGCAGACGUAUAAGGAGAAAUUCUCUAGACAUGUACAAGGCUUACCAAGACCGUUACGCAUUUGGAUACGAAUAACCUUUGUAAAAAUGGUCGAAAGAUCCAUAGAUGUACAGUCAUCUGUUUCUUUGAACUUCCUGUAUAUAUUGGGCUUUCAGAAUUUGAACUUCCUGUAUAUAUUGGGCUUUCAGAAUUUGAACUUCCUGUAUAUAUUGGGCUUUCAGAAUUUGAACUU